CGAAACUCCUGGUCCGGACAUCACAUCGGUGAUAUCGGGAUGACGAUCCCGGCCAGCUUCUGGGCUGCCUGGAGCGGGCCGAGGAGGAGUUGGCGACGCGGCCUGUAAAGACCGGGUCUCCACACCGAGUCGCCGCCACCGCCGCCCCUUGCCUCUCCCUGAGGGGGUUGAGCGUGCUCCGGGCUCCUUCCCUUCAACCGCCAGCCAUCUUAAAACUAUGUGGAAAUGGGGGAGUGGAGAUGAUUCAGCCACUAAAUCUGGAGUUCAUGGUACUUCUCAAGCAGCAACUAUGUCAGUGGCCGAUUUAACUGAACAGCUGGCCCAAACGGAACAACUGGUAACACAGCUCAAGGAACUUGUCAAAGAAAAAGAUAAUGAAUUACACAAUAAAGAGCAACAAUUAAAGGAUGAAAAAGAAGCUUCUGAUGCCAGGAUUUCCAAAUUAAAGCUGCAAAACAAAGCCAAAGUAACAUCAUUAACUUCACAAUUAGAGGAACUUAAGAAGCAAGUAUCAGGAACCAGAACACAAGAAGGAAAACCUGAGCAAAAGAAAGGUUGUAGAGAUAGUGAUCAGGAUAAUGCUGCUGCAAGUCGUGGAAAAAUAUUGGUACUUAAAAAGAAAGUUGAAGAGCUAGAAAUACAGAAUACUCAAAGAAAUGAAGAGCUACAGAAAAAGAUUGCUGAAUUAGAUGCUGCACAUCAGCGGGGGGCUGAAAUGGAUUCCAUGCUUGCGGAGAAGCAAAAAAAACUGGCUGAGAAAGAAGCCUACAUAAUUGAUUUACAGCUAGCCUGUGGAUCGACUAACGAUACCAAAGAAGUACUAAUACUUAACAGUGAGUUAAAGAAUCAGCUUUCCACAAAAGAGGCUUCAUUGCAGAGUAUGCAGGUCCUAGUACAGAACCUUACCAAGAAAGUUGGAGACAGUGAAGAAAAAUGUAGCCUCCUCGAAGAACAAAUUGAAAAUCUUAAAAGCAUUCAGAGUAAAGAGAAGGAGCAUUUCCAGGAAAGAGAAGCCAUGUACACACAAAAUAUCCGUAUGUUUCAAAAUAUUAUCCAGGAAAAGGAAAAGGAACUUAUGGAACAGGCCCAGAAACAUGAGCAAGAACUCUUUAAAGUGGCUGCAAAGUCUGAUGCUAGUGCUGACCUAGAACAGUUACUGAAAGCCUUGAAACAGAAGUUACAUGAAAAGGAGGAAGUGAUGCUAGGAAGAACGCAGGUGAUAGUCAUGUUGCAACAAGAACUGGAUGGCAAGGACCAACAGCUAAAAGAAGUUAAUGAACAUCUGAACCGCAUUCAGUCAGAGAAAGAUAACCUCCAGUCCAAACUGAAUGCUGAAAAGCAUGUAAUGCGAGCCCAGCUGAGAGACAUGAUGGAGAAACAUGAGAAUGAAAUGAAAAAAGUUAGAGAGCAGCAUAAUGCUAACAUGCAGGAGAUCCAAGAGAAACAUGAAACGGAGUUGCAGGAAAAAGACCAAACCCUGCUCCAGCUUCAGAAACAAUUGGACAAAUUAAGUUUCAGUGGACAAAGUAAUUUGGACCAAGCUGUUGAUAUAGAUGCUGUAAUUAAACAAAAAUUGGAACAGCUCGAAGCUCAAGCAAAACUGAAAACAGAAGAGGCCAGCAAAUCUGAAGCGAGGUUCCUUAAGAUGAAAGCUUGGUCCAAAUCCAAAAUCAGACAGCUUGAAGAUGAGCUAAAAAAUCUUACAUCAAUAAAUAACAAUGCAACUGCCUUACAUGACCGGAUUUCAGAAUUAGAACAAGAGAAGGAAGAUCUGCAGUCAAAACUGCAAGCAUUUUCUGAAUUUAAAACUCAAAAUGAAGAAUUACUGGCUAAGCUGGAAGUUUAUGAAGAACAGCAGCGGAAACUGCAAGCAGACCUUGAACAAGUUACAAAGAGGGCCGCUUCACAGGCUAGUGAAUCGGGUAGCAUGGAUGAACUGCAGAGUCGACUUUUGGAAUGGCAAGAAAUUGUAACUGAAUCUGAAGAGGCAAACAAUCAAAUAAGAGAGGAAAAAUCUGCUAUGGCACUAAGAAUGGCACAGAUUGAAGAAGAGAGAGAAGCCAUAGUCCCAGGGCAGCAGGACCUGGAGGAGGAACUGGCCACAGGUCACGGGAUUGGCAGGAUGCAGGCGGAGAGAAGGAAGACUGCCCAGUCCAGUAGGAAACUACAGGGAGAGUAUGGCUUCGAUGGAAAACAGUGCUAUGAAGACCUGAAUAUCACUUUGGAUAGCACUGAUUCAGCUGAAGGAGAGAACAUGGGAGGUUGGUGGCCAGAGUACACUUCCCCUAGUACAGGGUUACGUACUGUGGUGGAAGAAUUAGAAUUGGAAAGAAAUCAAUUGCAAGAACAAAUUCUCUUCUUGGAGGAACGUUGCCGGGACCUAGAAGAUAGAUUGCAGCUCCAAAGCAGAAUGGAAGCUCUACAGAAUGAAACUGACCGUUUGCAGUCCCAGCUUACACAGUUACGCAGCCAGCAAGCACGUGAUACAGAAAAACACCAAAUUCUUGUUUCCAGUUUGAAUGAACAACUUAAAGGAUUGAAUGAAAGAAAUGGUUUGCUUGAAACUUUGCUUGGGGAGAAGGAGCAGAAGCUUUUAAGUACAUCAGAAAAGCUAGAACAAAUAGAAGACAUGAGAAAUUCACUUCAAGGGAGAGACCUUCUAAACAAGGAACUAGGUGAAAAGCUUUUGCAGACUGAACAAAAGUUGGAAGAUGCCUUGAAGAAGUGCAGUUCGUAUGGUGUAGAGUGUGCAGAUCAGAAAGCUGUUAUCAGUGAUCUAACUGAGAAAGUGGCUGCUUUUAAAGAAAAGACCGUGAAGCAGGAGGAUGUCAUAGGAUUAAUGCGACUGGACCUUGAUCAGACGAAUGAAGAACUAGACAGAUUGAACACAAGCCAUCUAGAAGAGAGAUCUCAACUCAUUCAAGACCUGCAGAGACGGGAAAGAGAAAUUGACAACCUCAAAGAAGUUUUAGCUGAGAAAGAUAAAGAACUUUCAGCUCUUUCUUCCAGUAUGACUGAGUAUUCUGAACAGAUUAAUAUUCUUAAAUGCCAGAUCAAGUGCAAAGAGAAUGAAAUACGAGAAAUAGAAGAAGCACUGUCCAAGUCUGAAAGGGAAGUCCAGUUGCUGAAAGAUGUACAAACAGCAGAUGGGAAAGAUGCAAGCACAAAACUUUCAAGACUUUCUGAGCAGUUAAGUACAAUAGAAUCAGAGCUGUCAAAGGUGAAAAUUGAAAAUGAAGCUAAAACCAAAGAAAAUGAGGAAUUGGUUAGGCAAAUCAAAGAAACCAGCAAAAGAAUGAAAGAACUUCAUUCUGAAAUCAAGACCCGUGAUGUUACACACAGCAACAAACUCACGGAGUGCGAAUCACAAAUUAAAUUGCUUAAGGAACAAAUAAGUAAAUCAGCUGAAAAGUUGCAAGAAACAGAGAUAAAAUGUAGGGAGGAAACAGAGCAUCUCAAAUCCCAGCUUGAUGAACAUAUCUCUUCAAAGGAGAAGCUGAACAUUUUGCUGAAAGAGAGAGAGAACAAAGAGCAAACUUUUGUGAAUGAACUGAAGUCAGUGAAAGACUUACACAAUCAACUAACUUUAGAAAAUGCUAAAAAAGAUGAAGAGUUGUCUAAUUUAUCUAGACAGCUUGCUGAACAUACUGAGCAUCUAGAAAUCGCUAAAAAGUCUUUACAAGAAAAAUCCGAAAUCAUAAUUUCAUUAAAAGACAAGCUUCAAGUUGUUGAGCAGCAAAGUGAGAAGGAGAAGCUCAAGAUAGUUGGAGAACUGGAUAACAAGGAAAUGCAGUGGAAAGAAGUUAAUAAUGCACUACAUGAAAAAUGUGAAAUAAUUAAUAAGAUGGAAAGAGAAAGACAAAAUAACACCCUGGCUAAUAAGCAGCUGCAGGUAGCUCUUGAGCAAAAAGAAAAGGACUUUGCAGGCCAGCUUAAAGUUAAUGAAGGUCUUAGAAAUGAGGUACAUACUAUGGAGAAAGAGAAGCAACAGCUAAUCAGUGAGAAUGAGAGUUUGUCCAAAUUACUGGAUGUGAAAGAGUGUGAACAGAUGAAACGUGUUCAACUUAUUGCAGAGAUGGAAAGUAAGAUGUCUGCUAGUGCCAUGGAACACCAAAAAAUGCUUUCAGAAGUCAGCCAUGAUAAAGAAACUUUAAGAAGCAAGGUUGAAGAACUCUCAGGCCUUGUAAAGCAAAAAGACAUUUCAGUCGCAGAGCAGUUGCUAGAGAAAGAAAAGGAAUGUGGUGUGUUAGCUGAUCAGCUCUCCCAAACCAGAGAAAUGACAAAACAGUUACAUGAAGAAAUACAGUCAUUUAGCACUCAACUGAAGGAAGCUAAGGACAGAGAGCUAGAAAAAGAUGUAAUGCUAAGCCAGAAAGAGUCAGGGUAUAAUAAAAUGGUCCAACAGCUUAGGCAAGAGGAAGAAAAAAUAUUGUUACUACAGAAACAAAUUCAAGAUAUAGAAAUGGAGCUUAAAUUAAAAAGCAAGUCUCUUGAAGAAAAAACCAUGCAUACUGAUACUUUGCUUAAGCAAAUAGAAGACAAGCAGGUUAAUAUCAUAGCAUUAGAGAGGCAGGUAGAAAGGCUUCAAGGUGAUGGCAUACAGUUAUCUCAUCAGGUUGAAGAAAAAGACUCUGCUCUAUUAUCUCAAGGGCUAGAGCUUGAGGAUCUCCACAGGCAGAUUGCCAAGAAAAGAGAAGAGUACAUAGCCUUAAAUGAUCAGCUAGCACAAUUAGUCAAAGAAAAUGAUGUUUUGAAAUGUGAAAAAGAGAGUGCUUUGUCUAUUUGCAAUACUAAGUCAAGUGAAUGUGAUGAUUUUCAGCAUCAGUUAACACAAUAUCAGCAUGAAAUUGUGUCCAUGAAACAUGAAGCUCACAUGUUGAAAUUAGAAAAUGAAAAAUUGAAGACAGAGAUUGAAACAAUCAAUGCUACAUUAAUGAAAAAGUGUGAAGGAAUCACUUCUUUAAAUUCACAAUUGCCUCAGCAAGAUCAUAGUAGUUUAGCCUUUAUAGACCAAAUUGAUAUCUUAGUCAGUGAAAUAAAAACCUUAAAGAAGAGUUUUCAAGAUAAAGACACUGUACUUUCCCAGAGGGAAGCUUUGAUUCAGCAAAUGAAAGAAAGCAAAGAUGCAGGUGAAAAACAGCAUUUGCAGAUGAUUUCAGAUUUGCAGUGCCAGGUGCAGGCUCUAGGUUGUGAAUCUGGUAAACUUAAGCAGGAAGUGCAAGAAAAAGAAAAUGAAUUGAAGAAGCAAGCUCAAGACUUAAAAUUGCUUAAAGAUAAAUCUGACGAGUCUGAUUUGCUUAGAGUUCAACUGUCUGAGAAUAUGGAAAUAAUUUCUGACCUUCAGUGUCAGCUUAAAAACACGAUAGAAAAGACUGAAGAAUUAAGUAAGUCAAUUACACAGAAAGACAAUUUUUUAAAAGAAAAGCAGGAGGAGCAGCAGAAGCAUGUUGAAUUGUUGACCUCUGAAGCAGAACAGUUAAAAGCAAUUGUUUUUGAAAAGGAGUUGGUGGUGAAUAAUACUUCAUUGCUUAACAGUAAAUUGAAGGCUGAACGUCAAGAGAAAGAAAGCGAAUGUGAGACAUUGAGGAAGCAGGCUAUAGAUGUAGAAGAAUCAAACUUGAAUCUAAAAAAGGAAAUAAGUGAUCAGAAGAAAUUAAUAAACGAUAUUAGUCAGGCACUGACAGAAAAAGAGGCUUCUCUUUUGAAUAAUGCCAGUCUCAUGAAAAAACUGAGAGAGGAAUUAAAAAUAAAUGAAGAAAAAUUACAGUUAGUUUCUCAGCUUCAUGGUCAAAUUAAUGAACUGACCCAAGAAAUCCAAAGGUUAAAAGAACUAGCACAGGAAAAAGAGAAUGCUUUCUUGUCUUUGCAGGACAAAUUUGCUGCUCAGUAUGAACAAAGAAAUGAACUCAGUGCUACUCUAAAUCAAAAGGAAGAGUUUAUUACGGGAUUACUUAAUUCUUUAGAUCAGAAAGAUGUCAGUGUGCAGCUAGCAGAAAGCAAUGUUCGGGCGCUUACUAAUGAGAUUGAACUGCUUAGAGAAGAACUAGAAAAAGGUGCUGCUACCCUAAAAAAACUUUUACAAGAGAAGGAUGAAAUCAUUGCCAGUAGCCAGAAGAAAAUGGACACUUUGACAGUUGAACUGGAGUCUGCAAAAUCAGAGUACCAGAAAACAUUGGAGCAAGUUGAUCUGUGGAAGCAAAAUUUUCAACAGAGAGAGAUUGCUCUACAGGCUGAACAGGAGAAAUGCACUGAGCAGGCUAAACAUAUUGAAAACUUAAAUUCUGAGCUUAGCUUUGUGAAUUCUAAAUCCUGUCAAGAAUGCCACAACCACAUACUUUCUAUAGAAAAAUUGCAACACCAGGUGGAUUCUUUAAUUAAGGACAAAAGUCUUUUACAGGAGAAUUUUGAUAAACUGAGUGUAGAAAACAAAGAGCUGGUUAAGUAUCAGAACAAAUUACAGCAGAAAUCAAAAGAACUACAAGAACUUCAUGAAAAAUUAGAAAGCAGUGAGAAUGAAUCGCAAAAGCACCUACAUGCCGUCACUUUGCAGCUGGAGAAUGAGAGAGAGCAGUUGCAGAUGCAGGUUAGUGUGAAGGGCAAAGAAGUUGGUGAAUUAAAGUUUAAGGUUGAAAAACUAGAACAAAGUCUCCUUGAUUCAGAAAACAGAUGGGUGUCAGAAUGUAAUAGGGCAACUCAGCAAAAUGAAAUUAAUCUUGAGCAACUGAGAUAUUUAGAAAGGGAAAUUAAAUCAAAAGAUGUUCAGAUUCAAUCUUUGCAUCAAGAACAGGACAGUAUUAAAAAAGAGCUAUCUAGACUACUGUGCACAUUAUCAAGUAGCAGGUAUUUCAUCAAAGAAAGUGAUAUUGAUGCUGGUCAGCAAGUAACUAAAAGUGAAUUGGAAAAAUUAUCUACUCUAAUAGAUAGCAUUCUCAGCAAAGAAACAGAAGCAAUGACAAUGCAGCAGGCCCUUUCAGAGAGAAAGAAAGAAAUACAUAACUUGAAUAAUCAACUGGAAAGUAUGUGUUUGCUGCAGGAAGAAAAAGAGCUGAUACAGAAUGACUUUGAGAAAGUUAAAAAUACUAACCGAUCUGAGAUUGAAUACCUGUCAAAUGAAUUGAGUAGUGCUAAGGAGGCAUUAUGUAAGCAGCUGUCUGUUUGUAAAGAAACAGACAUUGCAUUAACAGACAUGAAGAAACAGGUUACUUUUCUCCAGGAAAAGAUAGAUACAUUAGGAAAAGAACUUGAAAUCAGUUGCAAGACAUUGAAAACCAAAUGUCAAAAAGAAGCCAAACUUUUAGAAGAGCUAGAGCAGAAAAACCAGAUGAUAGAAAACCUGAUUUCCCAAACUAACCAACAAAAGGAUUUAAUUUCUACUCUAAGCCAGCAAUUAAAGGAAAAGGACUGCUCAGUUACUCAAGUAAUGGAAUCUAUGUCUAAUGAAAUGGUGAAGUUUUCUGAAGAAAAAAAUGUUCUUACCAUCAAAUUGCAGCAACUAGAAGCCAUUCGGAAUAGUAUGACAGAAGAGACAAUUGAAUUAUCACAGCAGGUGGAAGAAUGUAAGAAAGAACUUGCAGUCAGUCAAAUGGUGUUGACUGACAAAGAAGUUAUAAUUAAAGACUUACUGAAUGAGAAGGCACAGAUAACUAUUACUUUGGAAAAGCUAAGUCAGGAUAAAGAGAAUCUGAAGAAGAAGCUUCAGGCAGCUUUGAUAAUAAGGAAAGAUUUAAUGCAAAAGAUUGGGAAACUUGAAAAGGAUGGUCAGGAAUAUACAGAAAAAGAGUGUAAAAAAACAGAAGAUUUACUGGAGCAAGUCAAUGAAUUAACAAAGCAGGUUAAAAUUUCUGAAGCUCACAACAAAAAUCUUGAAUCCCAACUUGAAGGACUGAAAGAUCAAAUGUUAGAAAAAAAUGCCAAGAUAAAUAACAUGAGUGAAAUAUUAUCCACUAAAGAAACAUGCUUGGCACAGCUGCAGAAGGAUGUUACAGAAUACAAAGAUACUAUUGCUGAACAAAAAAGCAUGUCUGAAAAGAGUUUAACAUGCCUACAGGAGAAAGAUUCUCUGCUUGCCCAAAUGCAGUCUGUGCUUACUGAGAAGGAGAGAACAUAUGGAGAGGAAUGUUCUCAACUUUUCUUAACUAUAGAAAAUCUCAAAGCUGAAGUUGCAAAGAGAGAAAAAACAUUAACAGAAAUGAAUAUGUCAGAAGCUACGUUAAGUCCUGAAGGCUCUUGUAGUGACGAUACACAUCUGCAGAGUGCAAUUAAUCAGUUGCAGAAAGAGAAGGAAAUCCUGCAAAAGAAACUUCAGGCAUUGCUUGUAGCCCGUAAAGAAAGCACUAGAAAAACUCAGAAACAAAUGGAGGAACAUGCUACACUAUUAGCCAAUUUUGAUGAAUUAACAAAAGACUUUGAGCUCAUAAAAAGGGAACAUAAAGCACUCCAGGCACUUCAUCAAAAAAAGUGUGAAGAAUUUGACUCUAAUUUGUUACUACUGAGUUCUUUGCAGAAAAAGAUGGAUUCUUCUGCAGAUCUCCAUCACCAUGAAAACCCUAAGCUAAAAACACUGGAGUCAGAGGAGUUAAAGAUGAAGGAUCAUGUUAUGGUAGAAGAAUCGGAAAAGAUGACAAGCACGCUGAUUGCCAAAGAGGCUGAGAUAGUGAAAUUCCAUAAUGACUAUGCUAGACUUACAGAAGAAAAAGAACAUUUUAAGAAAGAGUUAAAAGAGAAGUCACUCGAACUUGAUAGAAAGGAACAAAAGAUAGCAAAUCUGAUGAUCUCUAUUGAACAACUGGAACAGCAGUAUAAGCAAGACAAAGACAAUAUGCUGAUUGAGAGAGGUCAGCUUCAGCAACAAGUGGAAACAUAUGAAAAUGAAUUGAUACAUGCUAAAGCUAUGAUUGAAAGUGUGAAUAAUGAAAAGAAUAUUCUCCAUAAAAAAAAUGAAAAAGAUAAUUUCUUCAGUCUGGAAGAAAUUGAAAACUUGAAGCGUGAUGUUCAAGAAGCCAACACACAAAUUUCAGAGAAAGAUAAAGAGAUCAAAUAUUUACAUCAUUCUCUUAAGGAUCUCAAAGGCAAAUUUGACCAUGGGAAGGAAAUAAUGAAAGAAGUCUCACAGUUACAAGAAAAUUUGCAGGAAAGCCAGGAAGAAGCCAAGCAUUUUAAAACAGUGUUUGAAAAAAUGAGGCAGGAGAGGGAGGAGUUUAUAAGCACUCUAGAGAAAUCAAAUAUAGAAUUAAUUAAUAUGAAAGAGGAGUUAAGACAUGCCAGCGAAGAAAACAAGGAGCUAUUGAUGGAGUUAAACAUGUUACGGGAGAAGGUUUUACCAGUUUCUAAUAUAGGCAGAGAUGUGGUGGCAUGUGUAAAAGAUAAAAGAGAGAACCCAGAGAUCGUGUGUCUGCAUUCAGUGCUGCAGAACAGAAUUCAAGACACAGACAACUCUGUUCCAUUGCUAGAUGUCGCUCAUACAGGAAGAGGGAUGUUAACAGGAAGAACAGUUGAUCAAGAUCAGCCACCAGCAGAAAUGACUCGGGAACAGAUGGAGAAAAAUAUAAAUGGAGGGAGCUAUCAACCCCCAAAACAGAAGUAUGAUCCUGAAGAAAAGAAUAGGGAACGUCUCCAAAGAAAGCUCCAAGCUGCUUUAAUAUCACGUAAAGAGGCUCUGAAAGAAAACAAAAUUCUAAAAGAUCAAAUGGAGUCACUAAUGUUGGAAAACAAAGAACUGGUUGAUAAGGCUCACACAUUUGGACUUCUGGUGUCUGAGUUGAGCAGCGAAAAACAAGAUUUGAAUACAACAUUGCAUAAGGAGCAGACUCUUGCAAAGGAAAAUGCUAGAUUGUUAACUGAAAAUGAAAACCUAACUGCUGCAUGUGAAAGUCUGAAGUCUACUAUGGAGACUAUCGCCCAAGAGAAGGAAGCCUUUUCUUUUCAGUUGAACUCAUUAAAAGAUUCUCAGACAGUUGAAUUAACAGAUUGGAAAGCUAAACACAGUGAACUAAAGCAGGAAUAUGAGUCACUGCUCCAGGCCUAUGAGAAUAUUAGUAGUAAAAUAGCAGAAAUGAGGAAAAUCAUUGAUGUCACUAGAAAAGAAAAGCAGGAAGCUCUUCAUAGAGUAAAUGAGAGGGAAUCUGAUAAACAGGAACUUGAGAAGCUGCUUCAAAAAGCAAUUUAUGAAAACACAGCAGUGCAGGAUCAGCUGAAGCAGUUAGUUGAAUCUAAAGAGAAUGAAAUCAAUAAACUGCAGAUUGAAGCAGAAAAGCAGGUAACUGAGCACAAACUGUGCUUGGAAGAAUAUCAAAAAGAUGUUGAUGAAUCUAUUCUUCAGAACAAGCAGCUAACAGAGGAAAAUAAGCAAUUAAAAGAAACUUCUGAGACUUUAAAACAAACCCUAGAGAAAACUCAGAAAGAAAAAGAUGCCCUUUCUAAGGAUUUUAGCUUAACAAAAUCUACUCUGAGGGAACUGCAAACACAGUUGGAAUUGGACAUGUUUGAUGUGCAGUCCAAGAUCAGUGGUUCUCUCAAUGAGAAAGAUUCAUUAUUAAAACACAUCCAUUUGUUAAAUGAAGGGAUCUCAGAAAAAGAGAAAAGUGUACUGAUUUUAAAGCAAGAGAACAAAACUAUGUCAGAAAGGUUAAAAGAUGCUGAAGAAUCAAUGUAUCAGAAACAAAGCACUUUAUCACAGUUAGAAAAUUAUUGUAAAAGUCUUAAUCAGGAAAUAGUAAGCCUGGGUGAAAGAAUUAAAAUACUAGAAGAUGACAAAUGUCUGUUACAGGAAGAAUUAGAAAAUGUUCAAGAAAUAUCAUAUAAAGUGAAAAAUGAGAGAGAAUGUUUGGAGACUGAGCUUCUCAACCACAUUAAAAAAUUGGACCAAACGACAGACAGAUUGAAAGCAAAGCAGGUACAAGUCAGCUCACUCACACAGCAGUUGGAAGAUUUAAAAGCAGAGAAAUGUAACACCAUUAGAGAAAAAGAAGAACAGCAGCUGCAUCUUGUCAGAGUAUUUGAAGAAAAAGUGAAAUCUGCUCAGAGAGACAAUAAUGGGACAAAGAACAGAACAAAAGAGCUGCAAGAACUUUUAAAGGAAAAACAACAGGAGAUCAAUCAAUUGCAAAAGAAUUCUAUUCAAUAUCAGGAGAUGAUCUUGGACUUGGAAAAAUCUGUGAAGUUGUCACAAUCCAAAAGUGAAAAAUUAGAGAAAGAUUUAAACAAUGCUGAAAGAAAGCUUAUCAAAUCAAAGGAGGAGAUGCAGAAGCUAAAUGAAGAGUUGUCUUCACAGAAAACUUUGUUGGAUGAGUGUAAGGCUGAAACAGCUCAGUUAGCGAAUGAGAACCUGAAUUGUAAAAAAGAACUUAAAAAGAAAGAGAACCAAAUAUUAAAUCAAAAGAGAGAAUAUGAGAGCCAACUGGAGUUGAGACUUCAGCAGCUAAAAUCAACUUGCCAAAAAGAAUGGCUAAACCUAGAAGAAAAAUACAAUGUCCUUCAAAAAGAGAAAGAGACCGUCGUUGGUGAACAUCAUCAGUUGCAAGAAGAAAUUUGCAGGAGGGACAUGCAGAAUAAGAAUCUUCAGUCUGAGUUGAAUGAUGCCUUAGCCAGAUUGGCAGCUUUUGCCAAGUGCAUGUCUUCACUUCAAAAUGACAGGGACAGAGUCAUAGGUGAAAUGAAAAAUUGGGAAGUGCAGUUCAAAGAAGCUAUUGAAAAUAAACAGCGACAGAUAGAGGCCAGUAAUGUCACAAUAUCAUCCUUACAAGAAGAAAUCAAAGCAAAAAUGUCUCAAGUUCAAGAAUUAGAGCUCAAAAGUUCUGUGAUGGAAGGUCCAAAGCAUACAGUGCAAGACUCUGUAGACUCACAUCAUUCUAAUGAACUUUCUCGAAUAAAGGAAGAAAAUGUCACUCUGCAGAACAGACAACGUGAACUGGCAACUGCUUUGCAGUCAAAGGAAGAUUCUUUGCAGGCUCUGAUUAAAGAAAAACAGUCUCUUAACCAUUUCAUAAAAAAUAAUACUUUAGAAAAAGAGGUGGAAGCAUUGAAAGUUAAUUUGACAACAAAAGAACAAGAAAUACAACAGCUUCUGUUGGAAAAUAGUGAGAUCCAAGCUGAGUUGGAAAAACAGGUUGUCAUUGCUGGCCAAAUGAAGGCCAUGCUGAAUAAGAAAGAUACAGAAAUUUCUCUUCUAAUUUCUUCAAAGGACACAGAAAUUUCUGGAUACCUUGCUCAAAUACAGACUCAGCAUAGACAGCAAGUUUCAGAAUAUGAUCAGCAAAUAAAGACUGUACAGGUGGCCAAAGAGCAAUCUGAUGAAGCUUGUCAAAGGAUGAAGAAUGAGUUGAAAAAUCUUCAGACGAAAGCCGACAAAGCAGCUCAAGGCAGGGCCGAGAUUGCCAGUGAAAUUGAUGCCUUUAAAAGGGCAAUGGCAUCUCUUCAAAAUGACAGGGAUGCCUUGCUUUCUAAACACAAAAAGCUAGAGUGUGAGCACAAAGUUGCUUUAUGUGAGAAGGAGAGACUUGUAGUAGACAGUGCAAAUGAAAACAUGACCUUGAAACAAGAAUUAAGGAAGCUCCUAAAUCAGAUAGAUGAUCUUCAUUCUGAAAAUGCAAUGCUCACUGCACAACUUAUAAAGUAUAGGGAAGAUCUGAACCAAGUUUUAUCACUAAAAAAUAAUCAGUUGAAAGAAUUACUGACACAGAAACUGGAAAGCAUUAAGAGUCUUGAACAGGAAAAACUUGAACUUCAGAAAAAUAUGAAAGAAAUGCAGCUGACAGUGAAAGCACAGGAGGAGAAUUUAGAAUCUCUAAGACUGGAAAAUGCAAAGUUAUCAUCAAAAGCUUAUGACUUAGAGAUUCUGAUUACUUCUAUAAACAAAGAGAGGUUAACUUCUGAAUCUAAACAGAAAUUUCCAAAUCAGGAAGGCGACAGACUUGAUCAGAUAAAAGGACUUGCUGUCAGCAACCAGCUUGAAGAACAAAUUGAGAAACGAUUACAAGAAGUCCAGCAAAUGGUUGGCAAAAAUACAGAAGAUACAGAGCAGGAUACUAGGUUAUUGGAGUAUGAACCAAGUGAAUCCCCACAAAAGAAGAUGUUGGAAAUUCAGUUUCAGAAUAAAGAACUAAGAUCUCAAAUUGAAUCUUUUGGAAAAGCGAUGACAGCUCUGCAAGAUGAUCGGGAGAGAUUAAUUGAAGACUUCAAGGUACUUCAGAGCAAAUAUACGUCUGAACUCAGGUCUGAAAAAAGAAGAGCAGACAAGCUGGAAACCGAGCAAAGUCAGUUCAAAUCAAAUGUUCUCAGUGUGCUCAAAGAAAAUGCCCUUUUGAACCAGGCAUCACUGGAAACUAAAAGCAAGAUCACUCUUGACCAGCUUAUUGAUGAACUUGAAAAGCUGUGCAAGCUAUUAGAUACCCGAAACCUUGAAAUUAGCAGACUGUCAUCUGAGUGUGAGACUUAUGCUCAGCAGAUGGAUGCCUUUUCCAAGGCUAUGGCCAGUCUUCAAGAUGACAGAGACAGACUUCUGCGGGCGUUCUGCAAGCUGAGAGUAGUUCAUGAAGCUCAGCAGGGCACAAGUCCGAUUUCCAUACCCUCUGACUACAUGCAUGAGAUUAGUUCUCUUAAGCAUAAUUUGGAGACUCUUCAGAUGGAUAGGGACAGACUGGUUAAAGAAGGAACUAAUCUUGCAGCAGCUGAGAUAUCACAACUAAAAGCCAAAGUGAAUGACCUCGAAAGAGACUUGCACCAGACAAAAGCUUUCCAAGAAGAAGCUGAGAAAGAAAGAGCCUCAUUCCAGAAUGAACUAGUUGGAUUAAGAAUGAAAAAUAAUCUUCUGCUGGCAGAAUCUCAAGCACUUCAAAAUCAAUUCCAGGCAACUCUUGCAGAAAAAGAGCAACAGAUUGCAGAACUACAAAAAGUGCAUCACGAAGUAGUAUCUCAGGGAUUUAAAUCUGCUGGUAGCAAUUACCCAACCAAGGGAUUAGAAACUGUUGCUCUUGUUGGAAGCACAGACACCCCGAAUCAAGUGGACCGUCUGCUGGCUGAGAGGAGCCAGCUUCAGAAUGAACUGCAACGCUGCCUUCAGGAGAUGCACCAGAGAGAACUGCGCUUCCAGCAGAUAAAUUCUAAGGUAAUGCAGUCAGUAGAAGAAAAAGCGGUAUUAACUGCCCAGCUAAAAACAGUGUCCCAGACGUUGCGGGAUAAUCAACUCCGUUAUACUGAUCUGCAGAAUCGUUACUUGCAGCUUGAAAGAGAAUAUCAAGUGCAAGUUGCUUCCGUUCAAGUUUCAGCUCAGGGUGAACCUCAAGCAGAAGUUCCUCCAGGCGCUCCCCAAGAAAGAGCUGCAGUUAUUGUUGAAAUAGACAAUAUGGAACUCGAUGAACUCAGGAAAAGGCUCACAGCGAUGGAAGUGCAACAUGAUUCAGCUCAACAGACUGUUUCGCAACUAACAGAAACACUCUCAGAAGAGAGGAAUAGGCGGCAAGCUGCAGAAGAGGCCUUGGGGCUUUCUGAGGAACAAAUUAAAAGGCUUGAAUUGAGCACUUAUAGGUCAACGCCUAGGGAAUAUACCGUUCAGAUGGAGUCUGAUGAGGAAAGGGAGGCCUUGAUCAUCAACACGAGUGAACAUAUUAUAGUACGAAAGGCAAAAGGAGGAGCCCUUUCUUUCAAGAGAUGGAUUCGGGGGAGAAGUCUAUACUGCUCCAAGUUGUUGACCUCGAGGGCAAAAUCCCGCUAUCUCUUUCUCAGUUAUUUGGUGAUCCUACAUCUUCUCGUUUUCUUUUGCCUAACAGGCGUCUUAUAAAUGCACUGAACUUGCUGUGUGAAUUAUUUUCCUUCUAAAUAAUGGUGUGCCAAUUUGAGAUAAUGGACUUCUCACAAGCUGCUGUUACGCUAUGCACUGGACACAGUUGUACAUAUUUUCAGUAUAAUGUGUGGCUUUUUCAACUUCUUCCUUAACAAGAAGUUUUAAAUGUACAUCACAGUUGCUCCAAAGUUUCCUGAGUUGCUCUUUAACAAUGGGAUAUUAUAUUUGCUAAGAAAGAGAUAUUAUCUUAUCAAAACACACUACUAAGAAGCUGCUGCAAUUUGGAUGUUUAAUAUUCUUUAGGAAUAUAUAAUGAUUGAAUACUGUUGAAUGAGUUGUAAAUGAUAUCUUUUCUAUAUAAAUUUAUUUUAACAGAGUUGAACUAUAAAUUUGGGGGCGGUGAGGGGGGACAACUAUUCUCCGCUAUUGGGUUUCUUGGCUUCUUGAUUAUAACAAGAGGCAUACAGAGUGCAAUACAGGGCACAAGUGGGAAGCUGGAAUCAUUAGAGUUUCUCAACUUCAAAUAAAAUCAUAAGAACUGAAGAAAAAAUCCUCUUUCUUUUGUGUGAAAUAUUGUAUAUGUAUGUGAGGAGAACGACACAAAGUGACAGUGACUAAUUGUAAAAAUGUCCAAAAUAAUCAGAUAAGAUGGACAAGUUUCUUGCAGUUUUUGAAGGUGUCCAGGAUUUGCUUACUACAUUAUCAGUAUGGAAAUCUUAGCCAACCCAAUUUGUUGUAUAAUACCCCCCCCCAAAUCCACGUCUUUAAGCUCACUGUGUGAAAGAAAUCAAC